AUGGCGAUAACAGACCUCAAAUACCAUCUGUUACUCCUCGUAUUUAUUCUUUCUGCGUAUAUUUGCCUACGUGGGCUCCUUUACCGUCGACGCAACUGUUCUGGUAUUCCGUAUCCACCAGGCCCUCCACCUCGUUUCCUUAUUGGAAAUUUAUUGGAUGUGCCCAAGGAUCGUCCGCAUUUGGCAUUUGCAGAAUGGUCGAGAUUGUAUAACAGCGAUAUAGUAUCAUACCAUGUCCCAGGCUCGCAUACUAUCAUCAUAAACUCAGCCAAGGCUGCGAAGGUGUUGUUUGACCAAAGGUCGUCUAUCUACUCUGAUAAGCCACAUAACGAGAUGGUGAAUAUCGCUGGCUGGGACUAUAACAUUGCUUUUAUGCCUUACUCAGACGCGUGGCGUGCCCACCGUCGUAUCAUCCAUCAGCACUUCCGACCCGACGCAGUCGGAGACUACUAUCCUCUUUUAAUCUCCAGAAAUAAAACGCUACUGCGCGAUCUCCAUGGGCAACCGGACAAUUUGAUCGAGCUUCUGAAGCAUCACGCUGGUUCUCUCCCGCUUAAGCUUGCUUACGAUUACGAAGUCGGCAUGCGCGGAGACCCUCUCAUUCAGAAAGUGGAGGAGUCAAUGGCUGUACUUGCUCAAAUCAUGAUCCCCGGACGAUUCCUUGUGAACUCCUAUCCGUUCUUGCGCCGUAUGCCAGAAUGGCUCCCUGGAGUCUCCGGUUUCAAGGCGUAUGCUAGGAACUGUAAUGACCUGAACGAGUCCAUCAAGAAUGACCUCUUCGAACAAACUAAAGCAGCCAUGGCCUCUGGAGCUGCUCCUUCCUCGCUUCUUACGAAGAUACUCAGAAAAAACGAGAAGGGAGAGCUCGGUGAAUACGUGAUCAAGAGGAGUGUUGCUAUGAUACACAUCGCGGCAGCGGACACUUCUAUGGCAGCCCUCACUGGCGCCAUGAUGGCUCUCGUGAACCAUCCAUACGUUCAAAGUCGUGCUCAAGCCGAAAUUGAUGUUGUCAUUGGCAGAGACAGGCUCCCUAACUUCUCCGACAAGGACGAACUACCAUAUAUCUCAGCGAUCUGCAGAGAGGUUAUGCGUUGGAGGCUUGUCACCCCCUUGGCAGUCGAUCAUGCUGCUGCGCAGGAUGAUGUAUACGAUGGGUAUUUCAUUCCGAAAGGUAUUUACACAGUCCAUGUUUCUGCGUAUUUUCAUGGUAAAUUUUGGAUUUUCGUGCCUGAAAUAGGGUCGACGGUCGUCGGAAAUGCAUGGGCAAUGCUUAAUGACUCAGAAUUCUACCCCGAACCGGAGCGAUUCAAUCCGGAACGCUUCAUCACACCCGAAGGGGAACUUAACGACGAUGAGGUACUCGCCUCUUUCGGGUUUGGUAGAAGGAUUUGUCCGGGAAGAUACCUUGCAAACACGACACUAUGGCUGGGUGUCGCCUCUAUUCUAUCCGUAUUUGAUAUCGUGAAGUCGAAGGACGAGGCCGGAAACGAAAUUGAAGUGACAACGGAAUGGGUAGACAGCGGUAUUAGUUCCCGUAAAAAUGUCAGCCACCCGAUGCCAUUUGAGUGCUCUGUGCGUCCGCGAGAUGCGAAGGCAGUGGAGCUGGUAAAGUCCUUGAAUGCGAGAGAACCAGAUACAUGA